AUGGCAAAGCGAACAAGGCGACCGAGGGACCAGCUGCCAAACUGUUACUAUGAAGGAUACAUGGAGAAGAGAUCAUUCAAUGAUGAGACAUCUCGGAAACUGUGGACUGCCCUUUGUGGAAACACCCUUUUUUUCUUCAAUGACAAAAAGGACUGCGAUUACAUAGAGAAACUGGAUCUCAGUGGAUUUAUCUCAGUAACAGAUGAGACCAGACAGGACCGUAACUUGGAUGCAGCCAGAUUCAAUCUCCGACUGAAAGGCGGAAAUAUCAAAUUCACUGUCCCAAAUGCAGAAGUUCGUGAGUUUUGGAAGGGCUAUAUCCAAGCUGUGGCUGAGCUGGCUGUGCCCACCUCUCUGAAUCUGCUGCCAGGUCAGAUCCGCAUGCUGAUAGAGGCAGUACAAAAGGAAAAGGAGAGAAAACAGAACAGCCCUCCAUCCACUGAGACCAGCUCCCCUUCUUAUGUCACCCUACAAGCAGACAUGCCAGCCUGUUACCACAAUGUCUCCCGCCUGGAGGCUGAGCUGCUUCUUGAGAGAGAAGUCAAAAGAGGAAACCUGCUGCUGAGACCUGGAAGCGAUGGGAGCUCCUUCGCUGUCAGCACCAGGCAGGACUUGGACAGCCCUUUAGUCAAACACUACCGCGUGAUCCGAAAACACGACGGCGGCUUCAUCAUUGAUGUGGAGCCUAAAGUCACCUGUGACACUCUGCACGAUGUGAUCAGCUAUUUGGUGACAUCAACUGACGGAGUUUUGAUUCCCCUCAUUAUUGAAGAACCAUAUGAAAAGAAAUUAUCUUAUAUUUCUUCUGAUAAUGAAAAUGGAGAAAAGAGUGUUCAGCAGCCCUCGCAAAAAGGUCCUCCACCAAGCCUUCCUCCCAAACCAGGGAAUGAGGAAGCAGAAGAGACAGAAGAUUCCUCAGUCAAUCCGCUGCCACAACCAGAAGGGAAAACCCAGAAAAUUCCACUCAUGCCUCCAACUCCUGCACCUCGCAAAUUGCUUCCCUCCUCUGCAUCAAGCACAAAACAAGAUGUGAAGGUGAAAGCCAUUACAGACCCCAAUAAUCAGAUUGCUCGCGCAACAAUAUCUGAGCUGAAACUUCGGCUGGAAAAAAACAAGGGAAAGUGCCAGUGA